AAGAUGCCACAGGGAGAAAGUUCAACAAAUCAGACAAAUUUGAAUACCAAAGCAGUUGCCGUGAAAGAAACCUAUUCGAAAUGUGGUGCCAAAUUGCACUAAGAUGCACUAAGAAAUCUAUGCAACAGAGAAGAGCAUGAAGACAGUACAUGUAAAGAUGAGUGCUUCAAACAUUGAGAUCGUUGUUAUUGUUUAAAAUUAAGCAUGACACAAAACCAUCGUGGACCACAAAGGGGCCACUAGCAUCCAAGCAAGAAAAAAUACAGGUCAGGUUAGACCAAUACUAUUUGAACAGACCAUGUGUUGAUGGCUUGUGUUAUGAUGCUCAGUUCUGAUAUUUCGAGUCUCUGGGGUUGUUUUUCUCUAUCAUUAACACCUCCAGUGUGUGAAGUGGUUUCGGCCAACCCAGAUCUAUAGUGUCGUGAUUUCGACACUCCCGCUUCUCCAGUGAAUUCCGAUUCUUCCCAACCUUCGUCGCGAUUUGAAGAAAGAGCUUUAAUUGAUCCUCUAAAUUUCGCUUUGUCUUCUCCUCAGCGAGCUUUUGUAGUCCUACUACGCUUUUCUUGGAGGAAAGACGUUUUGUUGCUGUUUUUUAAGAUCACGCCACCGACAGAAUGAACUUGUGUUCCCUCCAGUCGCCAUGACUGGGUUUAUAUUUUCCUUGAGAAUAAACUACCUUAUCAUUGAAAUACUUUAAUCAGGUCCCAUGCAGACUUUACAUUUUGGCGGUUAACGUUGAAUAGACGAAAUCAUUUCCAUCGAAAGAACUUCUGCACGAAACUUGGGACGCGAUUUUUAUAUCGUGUUUGCCUUCUGCGCCCGUGUAUUCACGGUAAGAGGAAUACCUGGGUAAGAGCGGAAAUUGUUUUGCUUGCGUCUCGUGUUGAAGAUGGCCUCCGCACAAGACGAAAACUGCAUAAGUCCAUAUAGAAGACUACUCAUAGAUAUGUCGAUGCAACUGUCUAGCAAAGAUCUGGAAAGGUUAAAGUAUGCUGUAGGAGAUCGCCUUCCCAAGAGAUUGACAGAAAACAUUGAAAGUGGACUGAAGUUAUUUGAAGCACUGGAACAAGAUGUACACAUUGGUCCACAGAAUCUGACCUUGUUACAUGAUGGGUUUAAAGCGAUCGGCAGAGUGGAUCUCGCGCAAAUAAUUUAUGUUUUUUCAAGAAAACUCCACGAAGCUGGUGAGACUGAAGUUGGGCCAGAUGACAUGGUAUCUGACGGCGUAGGGAACGGAAGUGAUCUAGAACCAAAAGGAAGUGAUCUCUCAUACACAGGCGCUCGAAAAG